AUGAGAAUUACAAACAAAAGUCUAUUACACUGUAAUCUCCCCAAAUUAUCGUCUCUAUCAAGUAUUCGAGAUAUUGUGCUGAAUAGUAAAAAAAACGUAUCAAAUGUGGAAUUGGAUAUAGUUGAUAAAAGCACUGCUCAAAAUCUACUCAAAGAUGUAGAUAAAAUGAAAAAUAAGAAGCUAUUGGUUUCCAAAAAGAGAAAGCUGGAAAUAAAACCUCCAUGGAUCGAUUUCAACGCUAAGUACAAUAUCAAUUAUGAUUCUCCGAAACGUGCUCAAUUUCAGAAAACGAGUGAGUUCUUCAAUAAUGCUAAAGUUGAAUUUGAAUGGGGCGUUGCCUCCUUCAAAUCAAUUCCUAGCGAAAUUGUAAAAACUAAUUUUAAAGAGAGAGAAAUUAAUGACCAUAUACCAAUUAACUCAACAAAGAGGUUUCCCGGUAAAACCAAAAUACCAUUUAAACUAAUCAAUGGACUCCCAGAGAUAACAUUUUUAGGUAGAUCGAAUGCGGGGAAGUCAAGUAUAUUAAAUAAUUUAGUAACUCAGUUGGGUAGACAGAGGUUAACUGAGGAGGCUAGGAUGUCUAGUCGACCUGGUUUUACGAAAACAUUAAAUUGUUUUAAUAUUGGUAAUAAAUUUAGAUUAGUUGAUACACCUGGGUAUGGUUUUGGUAGUAGAAUUAAUCAAGGAGGGUUAACAAUGGAAUAUAUUGAAAACCGAGAAGAGUUGGUGAGGUGUUACGUACUGAUACCUGGUGAUCAAGGUUUCACCAACCUCGAUAUGCAAAUAAUUCAUUAUCUACGAGAUAUUGGUAAACCGUUUGAAAUAAUAUUCACAAAAAUGGACAAGGUUAAGAAUCCAGAAACAUUACAGAAGGAAAUAGAUCGAUCUGGCAUUAUGGAUUUCCCAUCUCUUCCUAAACUUCUGUUCACAAAUUCUUCCAUUUCCAAGAGUUGUCCCAAGCGAUAUGGGAUCUCAGAUCUAAGAUACACCAUUUUGGAAUGCUGUAAUCUAUUGUCUAAUUAA